AUGGAGAAGAAUGCUCUUCUUAGCUUCAAAGAAGGUCUCACGGAUCUAUCAGGUCGCCUCGCUUCUUGGGUUGGCGAAGAUUGUUGUAGCUGGAUGGGUGUUGGAUGUGACAACACUACAUCACAUGUCGUCGAGCUUGACCUCAGAAACCGAUUUCAGUUUAGCGACUACAGUAACGAGGACAUGCAAAACUACGAUAAGUCAUGCUUGGGGGGUAAGAUAAGUCCUUCUCUACUCAAUUUAAAGCAUUUGAGUUAUCUGGACCUAAGCCAGAACAAUUUUAAAGGCAUCAAUAUUCCAAACUUCUUGGGUUCCCUUGAAAGUUUGAAUUAUCUUAAUCUCUCUUUCUCACUAUUCACCGGUGUUAUUCCUCCCCAUCUUGGGAAUCUAUCAAAGUUGCAAUAUCUUGACCUUAAUUCCAAUUCAGUCCUCUUCUCAGAGUACUCUCUCGUUAGAACAUUGGAAGUCAAAAGUCUACAGUGGCUUGUUGGUCUCCCUUCUCUUAAGUACCUUGAUAUGAGCUCUGUAAAUAUUGAGGAAGUUAAACCAGAUUGGCUACAGGCAGUUAAUAUGCUUCCUUCUUUGUUGGAGUUGGGCCUAAGUGGUUGUAGACUUGUUACUCUUCCUCAGUCUAUUUCCUCCAUCAACUUCACAUUUCUUACCGUCCUUGAUAUCUCUCACAACCCGUUUAACACCUCAAUACCUCUAUGGUUGUCAAAUUUGACUGCCCUUUCAACACUUAAUAUUGGAUCCAAUUCCCUUCGAGGUGCCAUUCCUAAUGUAUUUGCUAAUUUGGUUUCUUUGCGAGAGCUUGAUCUUUCAGAUAAUUUUUAUAUUGAAGGUCAGUUACCAGUUGGUCUGGGACAUCUAACCAACUUGAGCAGUUUGGAUUUAUCUGGAAACAACAUUACUGGUAAGAUACCAUUCUCAUUUGGCAAACUUUGCAACUUGCAAAAAUUUGCUCUGUUGAACAAUGGUAUAAGUGGGGAGAUAACUGAGUUUGUAGAUGGAUUGUCGCAAUGUUCCAACAGCAAACUAGAAUCGCUAUUUUUGGGUUUUAAUAGAUUGCUUGGGGGUAAAUUGCCGUACUCUUUGGGAGCACUCAAGAUGUUGAAAACUUUACGCCUGGAGUCUAAUUCCUUUUGGGGUUCAAUUCCAGAUUCUAUAGGAAACAUGUCGUCUCUACAAGAACUUUCUCUCUGGGGAAAUAUGUUCAAUGGAACUAUUUCAAAAAGUGUGGGAAAACUAUCGAUGCUUACUGAUUUGGAUCUUAGCGAUAAUCAUUGGAAAUGUGUCUUAACUGAAGCUCAUUUUCAGAAUCUCACACGAUUAAGUUAUUUACACUUGUCUGUAGAUUCUGCAACAUGGUCGUUGGUUUUAGAUGUGAAACAUGACUGGGUUCCUCCUUUUAACUUGUCAAAAGCCCAAUUUGAUAGCAUAUCGAUAGGCCCAAACUUUCCGGCGUGGCUUCAAACUCAAACUGAACUUUUGUCUCUUCGGCUUCAGAAUGUUGGCAUUUCUGAUACCAUUCCGCAAGGCUUUUGGAAUUCCUUCUCAAGGAUUGAGGAUAUUAGUCUUUCCAAAAACAAAAUUCGAGGACAGGUACCACACUUUCAAUCUUAUCAUCUUUUAUAUAACUUAGAUCUGAGUUUCAACAAUUUUGAUGGUCAAGUCCCACUUUUUCCUAGUAAAAUGAUGGAAUCUGUGAGUCUCCGUGAAAAUAUGUUUUCUGGAACUAUGCCGGAAAACGUAGGUGAAAUAUUGCCCUUGGUAGAUUACUUGGAUCUCUCUUCAAAUUUUAUAAAUGGUACAAUCCCCCCUUCUAUUGGAAUGCUAAAAAAUUUGCAAAUCCUUGUUUUGCGUAACAACUGCCUGUCUGGAGAACUUCCUCCUCAUUGGGAGGAAUUGCAAAAUUUAGUUUUGUUGGACGUUGCAAAUAACAGCAUAUCUGGCAAACUUCCAAGUUCAAUGCAAUUUUUGAGUUCACUAGGGUGGUUAUCAUUGGGAAAAAAUCAUCUUGAAGGAAAGUUCCCUUCUUUCUUGAAGAAUUGCACAAAAUUGGUAAACCUUGAUCUUGCAGGAAAUAAAUUUUACGGAAAACUACCGGCAUGGAUAGGAGAGAGCUUAUCAUCAUUAUUAAGGUUAAGCCUAAGAUCCAACAUUUUUGACAGGGACAUUCCUCAACAAUUCUGCCUUCUUUCAAGUCUUCAAAUCUUGGACCUCGCACAAAAUAAUUUGUCAGGAGGAAUUCCACAAUGCUUAGGGAACUUGAGUAAAAGUGAUGGAAAAAUUCUUGCUAGUCUUAACGAGAAGAUGGGAAAUUUCUGA